AUGAUCACGGGCGGAACAUCGGGAAUUGGAUACGCGAUUGCCGAAAGAUUUCUCCAAGAAGGUGCAGAUAGGGUGAUACUUGUCGGGAGAUCGUAUAAGCGUCUUCAGAAUGCUGCUUUUCGAUUAGAGGAUUCCCCUGCUGUUGCAUCGUGCAGUGACAGCGAUGUCGCGACUAGGGCGCCGGAGGAAGAUAACCAGGAAAAGGGAGAGAGGGAAUUGGAUAUGACUCGGAUACAGCCGAACGGUACACUGGUUAAUUCAUCAGAUAAAGUGGAUUUACUAGUUGGAGAUGUAUCAGAUGUUGGGUCGUGGGUGCGUGAGUUGGAGAAGGAAAUGCAAUCAGUCGAUAUCCUUGUCAACGCGGCAGGCAUUUCCCUCUCCAGCAUUCUCCCAAAGACCGAACCGGGUGACAUAUCCCAAACACUCCGCACAAACCUCGAAGGUGCAAUGCUUACCUCGCGGGCUUUGGUGCGUGCCGCAAUCCGCAGUCGCAUGAAGAACCGCAAGAAUACAGAAACGAAGCCUCCUUCAAAAUGCAUCAUCAACGUAUCCUCAUUGCUUGCUGUAAAGGGAGGAACAGGCGCCGUUCCAUACGCCGCCUCAAAGGCAGGAAUACUAGGCCUGACUCGUUCGCUGACUGUUGAGGCGGCAAACUCGCUACGAGAUGUGGUCAUUCGUUCUAAUGCCAUUGUGCCCGGAUAUAUCGAGACGCCGAUGAUUGCAGAUUUCAGUGACGGUGAAACGUCCAGGCUAAAAGAGACUAUCCCUCUCCGACGGUUUGGUGAUCCCCGUGAAAUCGCCGAUGCGGCUGUCUUCCUGGCACAAAACGAAUAUGCCAAUAAUUGCGUCCUCAAUUUGGAUGGCGGGUUGAGUGCUGUUUGA